AACUGCUCGACACAAAAGAGCAGUGUACCAUAUCUCGUACCUUGACAUGGCGUCAGGCGUCGCUACCACUCCUGAGUUCACCUAUGAACCCUCGCCGUGGAUUGAUUUCUUUGCUGCACACGAGCCGCUGCCCCUGCAGGGAUCUUUGGAAUGGAUAACUAAUAGAGCUGAUGAACUGAAGGAAGAUAUCCGUGUAUUGCUCAGUACUCGCAAAAACACGACAGAGAGAAUGUUCUUACUAGAUACACUACAACAUCUGGGAAUCGAUUACCACUUUGAAGAGCAGAUCAACAUGGUUUUAAGACAAAUAUUGGAAAGUGAAAUCAGCAACUCCAACUUGCAUGAAGUUUCUCUUCGGUUUCGGUUGCUUAGGGAGCAAGGACAUUGGGUAUCUCCAGAUGUUUUCAAUAAAUUCAGAAGUGAAGAUGGCAGCUUCAUCAGGGAUAUAAUGAAUGAUACUAAGGGUCUAUUAAGCUUAUACAAUGCAACUCAUCUGCUCGUUCAUGGUAAGAAAACACUUGAAGAAGCAAUGGAUUUUAGCAGGCAUCAUCUUAAAUUAUUGAGUGGCAGCCUCAAGUUCCCAUUAGAUAAGCAAGUCCAGCAAGCACUUUGCACACCGCUACCAAGGACCAAUAAGAGGGUGGAAAUGAUGCAUUAUAUCAUAGAGUAUGAACAAGAGGAUCAUACCUUAAUUCUAUUGGAGCUUGCAAAACUAGAUUUUAACCUUCAGCAACAUGUCCACCUAAAGGAGCUCAAAGCUGUAACUAGGUGGUGGAAAGAUUUUUCUGGAUGCAUCCGGCUAAGCUUUAUUCGAGAUCGUGUGGUGGAGGGGUUCACUUGGGCCUCUGUGUUAUUCUACGAUACAGGCUUUGAGUUUGUACGAAGUAUCAUCACAAAGAUGAUUGUACUAAUUACCACAUUAGAUGACAUCUAUGAUAACCAUGCCACGUUGGAGGAUUGUCGGAAGCUAAAUGAAGCCAUACAAAGAUGGAAUCAUAGCGCUGUUUCUAUUCUGCCGAAGUACCUCAAAAAGUUCUAUAUGGAGAUGUUAACGACAUUCCAGAAUAUUGAGGUUGAAAUGCCAAUCAAUAUUAACUAUUAUAUUGCACAUCUCAAGAGAGCGGUCCAAAAUAAUGUGAUGGGUUAUCUUCAUGAAGCGGAAUGGUCACACCAAAAUCACAAGCCAAGUUUUGUGGAUCAUGUGAAGUUAACUAGCCUGAACAUAGGCGUGCCGGCAAUAUGUGUGAGUAUGAUGACAUGCAUGAAUGACCAAAUGAUGAAGCCAGCACUCGACUGGGCAGCAAGUGUCCCGGAUGUCAUCAUAGCAGUAGGAAAGAUUUCCCGUUUCAUGAAUGACAUUGGUGCAUUUGAGCGUCGGAAGUGCAAGGGAGAUCUUCCAAGCACCGUGGAACGUUACAUAAGUGAGCAUUGUGUCACAAGUGAGGUGGCCAUUACAAGAAUUGAUGCAUUGAUGGAGGAGGAAUGGAUGACCCUAAACCAAGCGCGCUUCAAAAAUCAUGCUCUUCUCCCAGCAUUACAACAAUUUAUUUGCUUAGCUAUUAGUACAACAUUUUUUUAUGGCAACAGGAAUGAUGUGUACACACACAGCACACACAUCGGGUGCACUAUUGAGAGUCUCUUCAUCAAGCCUAUCUAGUAUUUACUGAAUGUAUGGUUGUGAUGAUAUGUUGUUUAAUCGUGUCAUGUAUUUAUUCUAGGUACUUGGUUUCGCCUUUAUAUAUGGAAAUAUCGUCAUGCAUGCUUAUGAG